GCAAAAGCCACACCUAAUUCAAACUUUCCAAAUCAUCUUCUUAGACCCCAAAGUGUUUUGUGUCAUGCUUUGCUCAGUCUGCUAUUAUUGAUUUAGUGAUGGAGUGAAAGCGCUCAAAUAUUAGAAGCAUAUUAGGAUGCACUGGUGGGGCUGCCCCCAUGAACACAAGCCCCCUCUCACCUUGGUGACUGUACCUUCCCAUUCUGGCCCACCGUCAGGGCUAAGGAAUGUCCCAUUUGCCUCCAGUUCUGCCACUUCUCCUGGUGUCUUACUGAGCAGCCUAGAGGAUUUGAUCACAUGGUUAUUCCUUUCCAUCAGGAAGCUCUCCCUGAACACUUACUGUUCCUCUUGCCUGAGUUAUAUGGCCUUUCUGAGGUCCGGUGCAACCUCUGCCAGUGACUUGCUGCAUUGUACCGUGAUUUGAAUUCACAGAUCCUCACCAGCACUACAAACUGGUUAGAGAGGGUUUCUGUCUAGCUGACGCUGAGUAGUUUCUCAAUAAACACUUGUUAAAUGAACAAAGGGAUGAAUGAAGGCAUGAAUGAGUAGCCAAGCAAACCUGAUUCUGAGCAGUCUCUAUAUUGGCAUUUACCAAUCUGUAUACAAUGAAGAACAAAGUAUAUUCGGUCACUCUUUUUUGAUGGAGAGAGUGUGUGGUCUGAGGCCUGUUCUGGAAUGGUAAAACAAUGUCAUUGCUUUUAUAUCCAACAGGAAAUAUGGGAUGUAUAAAAUCAAAAAGGAAAGACAAUCUGAAUGACGAUGGAGUAGAUUUGAAGACUCAACCAGUACGUAAUACUGACCGAACUAUUUAUGUGAGAGAUCCAACGUCCAAUAAACAGCCAAGGCCAGUUUCAGAAUCUCAGCUUUUACCAGGACAGAGGUUUCAAACUAAAGAUCCAGAGGAGCAAGGGGACAUUGUGGUAGCCUUAUAUCCCUACGAUGGCAUCCAUCCGGACGACUUGUCUUUCAAGAAAGGAGAGAAGAUGAAAGUGGUAGAGGAGCAUGGAGAAUGGUGGAAAGCUAAGUCACUUUCCACAAAGAGGGAAGGCUUCAUCCCCAGCAACUAUGUAGCCAAAGUCAACACCUUGGAGACAGAAGAGUGGUUUUUCAAAGAUAUAACCAGGAAAGAUGCAGAGCGGCAACUUCUGGCACCAGGGAAUAGCGCCGGAGCUUUCCUUAUCAGAGAAAGUGAAACGCUGAAAGGAAGCUUCUCCUUGUCUGUCAGGGACUAUGACCCUGUGAAUGGCGAUGUGAUCAAGCACUACAAGAUUAGAAGUCUGGACAACGGGGGCUAUUACAUCUCCCCACGAAUCACCUUCCCCUGCAUUAGUGACAUGAUCAAACAUUACCAGAAGCAGUCAGAUGGCUUAUGCAGAAGGUUGGAGAAGGCGUGCAUUAGUCCCAAACCACAAAAGCCUUGGGAUAAAGAUGCCUGGGAGAUCCCACGGGAGUCCAUCAAGCUGGUGAAAAGGCUCGGCGCCGGACAAUUCGGGGAGGUCUGGAUGGGUUACUACAAUAAUAGCACCAAGGUGGCUGUGAAGACCCUGAAGCCAGGCACCAUGUCUGUGCAAGCAUUUCUUGAGGAAGCCAACCUCAUGAAGACCCUGCAGCAUGACAAGCUCGUGAGACUCUACGCCGUGGUCACAAAGGAGGAGCCCAUCUACAUCAUCACUGAGUACAUGGCCAAGGGCAGUUUGUUGGAUUUUCUGAAGAGCGAUGAGGGCGGCAAGGUGCUACUUCCGAAGCUCAUUGACUUCUCUGCACAGAUUGCGGAAGGAAUGGCUUAUAUCGAACGGAAGAACUACAUUCACAGGGACCUGCGAGCAGCUAAUGUCCUGGUCUCCGAGUCACUCAUGUGCAAGAUUGCAGAUUUUGGCCUUGCCAGAGUAAUUGAAGAUAACGAGUACACAGCAAGGGAAGGUGCUAAGUUCCCUAUUAAAUGGACGGCUCCAGAAGCAAUCAACUAUGGAUGUUUCACAAUUAAGUCUGAUGUCUGGUCCUUUGGAAUUCUCCUGUAUGAAAUCGUCACCUACGGGAAAAUCCCCUACCCAGGAAGAACUAAUGCUGACGUGAUGAGUGCCUUGUCUCAGGGCUACCGGAUGCCCCGCAUGGAGAACUGCCCAGAUGAACUCUAUGACAUCAUGAAAAUGUGCUGGAAAGAAAAGGCGGAGGAGAGACCCACAUUUGACUACUUACAGAGUGUGCUGGAUGACUUCUACACUGCCACCGAAGGGCAGUACCAGCAGCAGCCGUAGAGAUGUAUCACCCCAUGGGGGCCACUGCCCACUUCCCGAGAAGGGGCCAUCCCAGGCUGCACCAGCCACCUACUACAUGGGGCCCAGCUCCUGGAAGCCAAGGUUUCAUCUCUCAGGAAGAACCUCAGAGACAGAUGCCCACUGGGGGAUCAGAUGGCUCUCACCUGGUCAUCUUGCUGUGCGUGACUGGCACCUGGAUAUUGCCUCAUGAGAGACAACACCUGCUCUCUCCCCAAAUGCUUCCAGGUUGGCCCUAACUGUACAAUUGGAUGUAUGACUCAGAAGGCUCAGAGACCAUGGUCACAAACCCCCGUUAACACAGGACUACAUUUACUUAUAAGGCAAAGAUAACCAGAUGUGUAACGUGAACUUUCUUUGCAUUUUCUUCCAUAUUUUACCCUCCUCGUUUAAAAAAAUUACUAAUCUAAGCAGUUAGAUUUUUCAAGUGAAGUCAGUUGUUGAAAAUGUCUUUCUCCAAUCACUUUUUUCCUUAUCAUUUGAUAUCUGACGAGAACAUUUCUUUUUGUGGACACUGCUCAUGUGAGCUGCGCACGCAGCUGCUUCCCUACGUCUGUGCUGCAGAGGCCCCUGCUGCACAGGGCCCCGCCAAACCUCCCCGGAAAAGGAGAAAAGCCACAGAACCUGCUCAGCCUGAACAAGGAGCAUCUGUGAUGUCCAGCCUGUUCAGUCUCAGCGUUUCCUAUGACAGCAUAAUAUGGAAGAACAGUUAUGAUUCGAAGCACCGCAGAGCCUGCUCAGUCCUUCAAAGGCAUAAGCAUUUUUGCUUUGUUGCUUUCACAUGAUUUGAACAUUAUUUUAAGGAUCAGGUGUUAAUUUUAGUUAUACUCUGGAAGGUAAAAAUGCCACUUUUGAGGCUCUUUUGUGAUUCAGCGCUCUUUUCUAGCUUGUGCGAGAUGUGUAGGAGACUAUUUAUAACAAAGGAGAUGAAGGAAAGCAAGUGGCUGUGGAGGCUCCCAUGAGCCACGAAGGCGAUUAGUUCAAGAAAUUUUGUUUACUCAAUUUUUCUACUGUAAGCUUUGAAUGGAAAUUGCUGUAUCAGUCAUAUUUUACUUAACCUGUUGUAUAUAUACCUAAUAUUUCUAUUUUUUGAUUUUUAAUACACCUAGCCUAAUAACAUUU